AUGCUUCCGGAAACCAACUUGAACGGGCCACCGGCGCUAGUCUGUCGCAACAGUAUCAUCCAGGCGUACUCUCCGCUUGUGUCUCUUAUAUCUUCCCACACUGCAGAUGAACUCGCCGAGACUCUUGGCUUCGACUCGUUUCUCCAGUUGCUUCGGCCCUUCGGGUGCGGCCUCGAGGGUCUGUUCAAGACAAAAACGCCGCAGUUAGUGACAAAAACAUUUUCUGAAUUUAGCGUCCGCUUUCUGGGCUCCAUCAUGGAGCUUCUCUCGGUCCAGGUCGCUGACAGCGACUACCAGUUGGGCCAGACGCGUCAGCACGUACCGUAUCCACAGCUAUACAAACAAAACUCCUUGGAGUUACUUAUGGCUGAGUAUAUCAAACAGGCAAAUAUUGAGAUUAAGGCUGAGGAUAAUCCCAUCCUCCUUGAUGAUUCCCUGCCUAAAGCUGCAGGUGGUGCUGUCGACAUCCGUAACUCCAUAUACUUAAAGUACUUCACGAAGCUUGUGUCGUCGCCCACAAUUGUGUCGUUUGAGACUUUUAACCAUCCGGUGGCACAACUCUUUGUGGUUUCUGUCAAUGACCAGAUGGAGAAACUUGCGGUGCUUGUACAUACGUUCAAGCACUUCCAAUUACCGAAAUACAUUAACCCUGAGGACAUCUUGUUGCACGUGUGUAUUGUUAGCGAACUGGAUGGUGCAUCGGAGAAGCAGUUCCAGCAGGCGAUUAAAGCGGAGUUAGGCUUGGCCUCCAGUGUGCUUAUCCUCAGGGGAACCGGGGAACGCACAACCGUCAGACACGCCGUGACCUCUAUCGAAGAGGACCUCCAGGACAUCCAUUUGCCGUCGCACAGAGCCAACAGCACUAUCUAUGCCACCGACGCCGCGGCCAUUCGCGAGUUUGUUGCCAAUAUGCUUCAAUUCCAGUUGCUCCCCUUCAUGGAACGCCGUAUUCUUUCGUGGGAUGAUCAGGUGGUUUCACCGCGGAAGUCCAUCACCGGCAAAUUCUUCUCCGUGUCUAAGCGCAUGUUUGGCUCUGGCCCGAACCCGAAGUUGUUCAUUCAGCAGGCACUCCACGAGUACAAUGCGAUGGAGGGCUUCUACCACCACCUCGCACCGGAACAGAUCAUCCGAAAGGCUGCGGACUGGCUGUUCAUGAUGCGUGACUACAAAACCGCGUAUGCGAACUACGAGUUGUUAAAAAAAGACUUCCUCACCAGCAAGGCAUGGGCGUAUUCCGCAUCUGCGCAGGAGUUUGCCAUCGUCGCUAUGCUCAUGGGCACCUCGUACACCAUUCCCCCAACCAGCUUAUCACCACGCACCGUCACACGCGCGCUCAUCGAUACAUCUGCCCCCAUCACAAACCUUACCAAGGUGUGCACGGAGAUAGUCGCGCCAUAUCUCGAUAACCUCAGCUAUUCAUACCUUUCUCGUGCGAACUUGCGGACUUUUAACGCGCGUGCUAUUGUCGUGAUCGGAGAGCUCCUCCUUGGCACCAACCCAUGGUAUGUAUCGUCGUUGACGAACGUGUGGUUAACGAAGCUCAUCGACCAGAACAUCGGCCAUAUCGGUCAGUGUUUGGUCCAUGAGCGCAUCUCCUACGCCCACAGUAUCUCUGUGCAUACCGCUGCAAAGGUGCUAGUAUCGGUAGAACCAGAUGAACCAGAGGAAGAGGACACCUUUGUAAACUCCGCAAAGUUACCGGAACGGAACUAUGCAACUAUGGGGCUCACUCGCGAUCGCAAGGCUGCACUCUGGGCGUUGAUAGCCUCCCGUGAGUGGGACCCCGUGGCAAAGCCUACUCAGGUUGCUCUCUGUUUACAGUCGACCCAGGCGGUGUACGACCCGGCAAGGUUAACCUGGAUUGGCAGAGAGAACGAGUUGCUCGGGAAGUUGCAAAAGGGCUUGUCUUAUUAGAGGGUAUGAAAUUGUACGUUUAGAAUAAAGUGACACUAAAGUAAAGCAUUAGUCUAAAUGUCUAGAUCGA